ACCAUAAUCCUAACUUUUUGUUCAAGGAAUUAAGGACGUGAUACGCGAAGACGAAGUCGAAGAAAGAGACCUAAAAAGUACCUUAUCUGGAAUAAUGACCUCUCAGCGGAGCAUAGUGAACCUUUCAAAUUUCUUCAUCUACAAUACAAAUAUAAAAUGCAGAGAAGGAGAGGAACAUAAAAAAAUUAUGUUUUAUCAUCCAUCCAACAUUCCUCUGGAUAUGCAAACAAGGCAUAUAGGACUGUGUAUGGGAGUCAUCAUGUUCACAGAGACAUUUGAUCCAGACAAACCUUGUCAUUCAAUGCACACACAGAAAACCAGACAAUUAUACCUCCAUCCAGAAGAGGAUUUCUGGGUUAUUAUGACAGUGACCAUACCCUUCACAGAGAAGGUGAAAGAUGGGAAAACAUUCCAUGAAUACCAUGAAGAUGAUGUACAAGACAGUGUCUAUCUUGCAGUGCUCAAACAUGCUUAUCAGCUCUUCAAGUUGUUCAUGGGUACUUUCGGUGACAUUAUGAAUCAACACGGGGUGGAGGAGCUCAAACAGAGACUAUGUCACUUCUUCUCAAGGUAUCUUUCCAAUUUGAGGUUAUCAACCAGCGACAUUCUUGAGGUUCACAAUGGAAUCCAGUUUCUACCGUUAGAUAAGAACACCUAUCUCCGGAUUCAGUGCUUCAUCAAUCUGGUAGAGGCUUCCUUCACACAGAUCAAAUACACUGCAUUUCUCUACAACAACCAGUUAGUCUGGAGUGGUCUAGAGCAAGAUGAUAUGAGAGUUCUUUAUAAAUACCUCACGACCAGUCACUUCCCAUCUUCCUUAGACACAGAGCUAAAAGAAACUCCAAAGUCUUCUUCUGCAAAUCACUAUGGAAAGUUUGUAAUGGGUCCUCAGAACUUAUCAGAUCCGUCAUCAGAGAACAAGGUUCCUAAACUUCAUAUUACAAAAGACGACCAUACAGAAGAACUGUUCCUUAUAGUUUACCGGGCAAUGAGUGCAACAAUAUGUCUGAUGGUUGAAGGUUCCCAACUUCCCGCUCAUGAAUGGUAUCAGAAUGUAGAUAGUUCUCUAGGACCACAACUCAGCAGUCUAGCAUCAGAUAUAGGAGAACAGUAUGCAAAUAGGAGAACAAGUUCGUCAGGACAAGAAUUCAAGUUUGUCUACUUUAAUCAGAUGAACCUGGCUCAGAAGACAACCGUCCAUGAUCGCAAGACGUUAGUAUCCAACAUCAAUCCAGAGACACUCAGGUUAAUAGCAGACAUCAAUGCAGACUUUGAAAAGUCUGAGGAGGGAGGCGAGACAUUAAUGAGGACCAUGUCAGAUUGUUGGGUUGUCGGUAAGAAGUCAGACCAAAGGGAAUUCUAUGUAGUCAUUAACCAGAAGAACUCAAAUCUUAUAGAAAUCAAUGAGGAGGUGAAGAGGUUAUGCAGUAGUCAUUUCUCAAAUAUCUUCUUCUUGGACUGAAUAUUCCUAGAUGAUCAUAUUGACGAGAAACAAGAGCCGGUACUCGGUGGCCGUAUGUGCAAUGGCAGUUUAAGUCUCAGUAAAUAUGAGCAGCUGUUUAUGUGUGUAAAUGGAUACUAUUUCAUGUGGUGAUAGUAAAAAGGAUUUUUAAAGGGAUGAAUUAAUUUUGUCGAAGGUAGAAGAAGUUUGCUUCUAACAGACUGCAAGGUAUACCGAAUGUCUUCCUAGUGUAAAUUCAACAAUACCUGAGCAUUUUGGACAAAAUAAAAGUCAUUAUCUCUAAAGAUGACAAAUGAU